UUUAAAUUCGCUUUUUUUACUCGAAUGUUUAUAUUACUACUUCAGGCAUUUUUCAACGUAUGUAUUCCAGACCACAAAGCCGAUGCCUUUCGACUUCCAUUUGUUGAAGAAGCAGGACUUGGAAAUGUAUUUAUUACGUACCUCCUGUCUGGGUUUUCUAGAUGGGACGCUCAGUACUUCUUACACAUUGCACUCUAUGGUUACACUCAUGAAAAUACGCUCGCUUUUUUCCCAUUAUUUCCAAUAUCUCUCAGGGGCACAACAAAAAUAAUCUCAACAUCCUUCUUGGGCAUUUUAGAUGAAUUAAAUUGUGCACUAAUAUCCGGAGUUUUCAUAAAUUCAAUCUUUUUCGCAUUAUCUGCUGUCUUUUUGUACAAGCUUACUAACUGUAUCUUUCAAUCUGAAAUUUUAGCAUUGUCAUCUGCGUUGACAUAUUGUUUUAACCCUGCUUCCAUUUUCUUCUCUGCUCUGUACUCCGAAAGUUUAUUUGCAUGCCUCACCUUUGGUGGUCUUUGGGCCUUAGAGAGGGGAAAUCAUUUUACUGGCGUUAUCGCCCUUUCUUUAUCUGCUGCCGUAAGAUCAAACGGGGUAAUGUCAUUUGGAUUUGUGGGGUAUUUACUCCUGAAGCUACAUUUUAAAUACAGAUACAAAUUUACACAUUACUAUAGCCCAGACUUUAUUCAUAUAUUAAAGACCAUAUUGGUUAUAUCGAUAUAUGCAGUGAUUUUUAUUAUUCCAUUUGCAUCUUAUCAGUUGUAUUGUUAUCUUUUGUUCUGUACGUCGUACCUACCUGAAAGUGAUAUGCCAGAGGUUGUUGCCGAUUUCGUUACAAAAUACGACCUUAAAUUGCCUUCAGACCCCAGUAAAUGGUGCUCAUGGAAUAUACCUAUGUCAUAUUCUUAUAUUCAAUCUCGCUAUUGGGAUGUGGGAUUUUUGAACUACUAUGUUGUGAAACAAGUGCCGAAUUUCUUAUUGGCUGCACCCAUUUUCACAAUAAUUAUUUUAUCAUUCGUAAAGUAUUUCAAGCAAAACAAGAGUGCAUUGUGGCAUUUAGGACUUCUUCCAAAUCAGUAUGAUGAUGUUUCAGACAUUUACAAUUGUUCUAGAUGCUGUCCAUAUUUUCUACACAUAUUUUUUGUCACACUUUUCUGUGCAGUAUUCAUUCAUAUACAGGUGUUGACUCGACUUCUGUGCUCAUCUAGUCCUGUUCUCUACUGGAUAGCUGCUACUGCUCUUCUCCCAAGCAACGAUAGAGCACGAUUUAAACUAUUGAAGGAAUCUUUCUUUCAAGGAUGGUUCAUAGACACUUUGCGUUUUAUCAAGAAAUUAUUUUACAGGUCUUCUGUGUAUGGAAAGAUAAUUUCUUGUUACUUCAUUUCUUACUUUUUCGUUGGCACAUUUCUGCAUGUUAAUUUUUUCCCGUGGACCUGAAAAUAUCGUUAUGUGUUUCACUGAAACCUUAGUGGACAUUAGAAUGUGUUCCUUUUCAAACAAUGUUUACAUAAAAAGGUUGAAUGUAAUUGUGAUACUGAACCAUUUUGGGCAGACAUGUUAGCGCAUGUGUGACUUGAUAAACUUUGUGCAUCUUUAUUUUUUCCCCACCUCAUAUCUGAAAAUGGAGUUCAGGAAGAUUCAUAACUAAGUAUAUAGUUUCUGUUUGACAGUAACAACAUAUGAGGCAGUGAGAAGCAUAGGCAUGCAAGUGAACAUUUUCAAGUUUUGAGUAAAACGCGUUUAAAGAUUAGCUUUUAGAGGUAGGCUUUCAUUGAAUUUUUUUUCUAAAUCAUGCUGUAUAGCAGCAACUAUCAGGGCUAGUAGUACCAUCUCUUGCCCCAAGACAGAGAAGAGGUUCACCUACCGUGUGUACUGGUUAUCUCCAAAUGUUUAAUUUUGCCACUUACAUCCCAUUGCUUCUCACUGCCUCAUAUGAUGUUCAAUGUUUUUGAUUACAGAAGUGUGGCUGGAUGUUAAAUUUUUUUUUUAGAGACAUCACAAAUGUUCUUUGUGUGCACUUUUAGUUUUACAACAUACUUCGAACUGGUAAUCUGUUACCUCUGAAAUUUACAUACCGCCAUGAUUUUGAUAUCUGAAAUCGAUUGCAGUGCUACUGGAUGUAAUGUACAUUUGCAAGUCAUUAAAGCAGCUGGGAGAGGAGGUGUAUAACAUGUUGUAAUUUACACCUUCCGAAGAAAUAUUUAGUUAAUUAUUA